AAGGGUUUGGUAGAAUAUAUUAUUUCAUUAGUGUGAAUAGCUAAUUAUACAAGUCUAUUCUUUUCUUAUUCAUGGCGCAUGUCCCAAGAUGCAGUGAAGGGCUCGGACGGUCACGGGCUGAGCAGGGAGGAUGCCGUGGUCAGCCUGGACCCUCUGGGCCAAGGAGCCGAUACAGUGCCGUGUUACUCGGUGACAGCCAAAAGCUCAAAGUAAAUAGUUCAUGGAGUUUUGCCGAAGUUGUAUCUAACUCAGCGCGGUGUCGCCAUGUUCUGAAACUCUUUGCCUCUCUCAGUACUUCAACAUUUCUUUGUGAGCCACUUCAGUCGGCACGACAAUCCCGGCGCCAUUCUGCUGUUUUGCGUUCGACGUCGUAUUUACCGUUUAUUCAUUAUUUAUUAUUAACAUGUACUCGCGUCUCAGGCGAGCAAAGGAUUUCACCGCAGCCUGCUGUAUAAAGUCAGUAAACUAAUCUGAAUGGCUGUGCCUGAAUGGAAGGAGUUCAAAACAUUUCGAUUGUUGUUUCCUCAUCUCGCGACCUGUCCCCCGGUUUCAAAAAUCUUCAAUACCUUGGAGAAGAUUUAGAGCGCAAAGGAAUGGCUGAAGUAGAACUAUUUCCUUCUGUUCUGACAGGAUUGGUUGAGCGGGGCUGGCCACACGAACAAUCUUCGUGCCAACAUACCGGGGUUUGGAUGUGAGCAGAGGUCAAUGCCGGCGUCUCAUUGCCUUUUACUGACUGCUUACGGCCCACUCGCUCUGGACAACAUGGAGUUCUCGGCUCUCCCCCUGUCCUUGUUCAAACUCUUCGACAGGUUCACGGCGCUGGCCGUGUUCUGCACCGUCUUUUGCCUGGUCUUUGACUUCAUGAAGAGGCGCAAGACGUGUGGGAACUACCCUCCCGGACCCCGGGGCUUACCCUUCGUCGGGAACAUCCUGCAGGUGGAUCUGAGCAACCCUCACCUGUCAUUCGCAAAGCUGUGGAAGAAGUACGGCGAUGUGGUGAGUUUAGAGUUUGGAUGGACAAACCUGGUGGUGUUGAGUGGCUACAAGACCCUGAAAGAGGCUCUGGUGAAGAAAUCGGAAGAUUUUGCUGACAGGCCAUCCUUUCCGAUAUAUGAGAAGUUCUUUCAGCGGAGCGGGGAAGGUAUCGUCUUUGCAAAGUAUGGGAAGUGGUGGAGAGAACAGAGAAGAUUCUCACUUUCCACUCUGAGAAACUUUGGGCUUGGGAAGAAGUCGCUGGAGUUGCAAAUUGUGGAGGAAGCAGAAUUCUUGAGUAAAGCAUUUGAAGAGGAGAAAGGGCUUGCGUUUGAUCCACAUUUCAAGAUAAACAAUGCAGUCUCAAAUAUUAUCUGCUCAAUUAUCUUUGGAUAUCGCUUUGAUUAUCAAGAUAAAAAAUUCCUUGAAUUUCUCCACAUCAUUGAAGAAAUUUUCAUCUUGGAGGGAGGAUUCUGGGGUCAGCUGUUGAACACCUUUCCCUUUAUUCGUUGUCUCCCGGGACCACAGCAUAAAAUAUUUGAAAAUCAAGAGAAAGGAAUUCACUUUAUACAAGAAAUUAUCACAGAGCAUAAAGAAUCGUGGGAUCCAAACACACCCAGGGACUUCAUUGAUGCUUUCUUAGCAGAGCAGGAGAAGCGAAAGGAUAAUCCGGGGACAAGUUUCCAGGGAUCGAAUCUGAUCGGUACAGUCUUUGACCUUUUUGCUGCUGGUACAGAGACCACCUCGACCACUCUACGCUGGGGUUUUCUCUUCAUGGUGCUCCAUCCAGACAUACAGUCUCGGGUUCACGAGGAGAUUGACAGAGUGAUUGGGAAGGGUCGAAGGCCAAGGUUGGAAGACCGGGAGGAAAUGCCAUUCACUAACGCUGUUAUCCAUGAAACACAACGCUUCGGGAAUAUUGUUCCAACCUCACUGCCUCAUCAAAUGUACAGAGAUACCACGGUUAUGGGUUACACCAUCCCUAAGGGAACACAGAUUAUUCCAAACCUUACCUCAGCCUUGUUUGACGAAGACUUCUGGUCGACUCCAUAUCAGUUCAAUCCAGGACACUUCCUCAACACAGAGGGCAAGUUUGUGAAGCCAGAGGCCUUCAUCCCAUUCUCUGCAGGUCAUCGUGCGUGUUUGGGGGAGCAGCUGGCAAAGACGGAGCUCUUCAUCUUCUUCACGUCCAUGCUCCAAGGAUUCACGUUCUUUCUCCCAGAGAAUGAGCCAAAGCCAAACUGCAAGGAUGCUCAAUUCGGAAUUACCCUCAGUCCAGCCCCCUAUCGGCUCUGUGUUAAAGUCAGAUAAAAUGUAUGUGGGACUUUUCCCAGGAGGUUCCCUGCCUGGGUUUUGUCCAUAUUCCAUGGCAUACUGUAGUUUGAAAUGGUUUAUUUUAAAGAUAAAAAUAUGAAGACGUAAUUUCAAAAUAUCCCAAGACAGUACAAAGAUGCAGAAGAAUAAUGCAAGGAACAUGUCAGUAUUUGACACCCAAUCCUCCUGUCACUAGAAAUGAGAUUACAGCCAGGCAAUCUCUGCAAGGAUAAGGGCAACAUGUCUUCCAGCUCCUCACCCCUGCGCUGAUCCCUAGUUACACCCACAUGGCUCUGCUGGACAGGCUCCGUCCUUCGCCUGCUCACUCUUUGUCUCUUGAUCUGGCCUUUAUGUUAAUAAAAACAGAUGUAAAUUGGGGAACCGCUUCAUCGAGCACCUCCACUCCAUCUGCCUAAAAUGGGAUUUCCCAGUGGCCAAACAUUUCAAUUCCUAUCCACAUUCCUGUUCUGACAUGUUGGUCCCUGACCUCCUCUAUUCCCAUGAUGAGGCCAUUCUCACAGUGGGGAAGAAACUCCUCAUACUCCAUUUAGAUAGCCUCCAACUUGAUGGCAUGAACAUCGAUUUCUCCUUCCGGUAAUUUUCUUCCCUCUCCCUUCCCUCUUCUUCCAUUUGCCACUCUGACCUCUUACCUCUUCUCCUCACCUGUAUUUCACCUCCCCCUGGUGUCCUUCCUUCCCCCUGGUCCUCACUCCUCUCCUAUCAGAUUUCUUCUUCUCCAGCCUUUACUGUUCCCACCCACCUGGCUUCACCUUUCAUCUUCUAGCUAGCAAUUCUCCCCCACCAUUUUAUUCGGUGUCUUCACCUUUCUUUUCCAGUCCUGAAGAAAGGUCUCAGCCCGAAACAUCCACUGUUAAUUUUUUUCCAUAGAUGCUGCCUGAACCACUGAGAUCUUCCGGUAAUUGUUUGUUCAGCUCUGGUUUUCCAGCAUCUGCAAAAUCUGUUGUGUUUAGCAUCAACAUUAAUAUCAUUUGUCUGAAUCAGAAAAUAAUGCAUGUUCUUAAAAUUAUUGGAAAACUAUUCUAUAUUGCAUUUUACAAAUUAUAAACAGAAUCAUUCUCUCCUGUAUUUUGGUGAUUACAAACUUUAUCUCCUUCUGUUGCCCAGUAGGAUCAGAGGUCCAUCACAUCCACCUCACACUGACUAAACAUCUGUUCCCAUCUGAACUCGGCUUACUCUUCACACCCCUCCUCUCCCCCCACAUUCGGGUUUGGGGCUUGUGACAGUCAUACAGCAUAGAAACAGGCCCUUCAGCCCAACUGGUCCCUGCCAACCAAGAUGUCCAUCUAAGCUAGACAUACCUCCCAGCAUUUGGCCCGUAGCCCUCUACACCAGUGAUUCCUAGAAUGGGUGAUAUCGCCACCCCAGGGGUGGUGGGAGUUUCUAAGGGAGCAAUAAAGAUAAAGCAGAUAGUGAGGGGUGCUCGAUAGCAAGGGGUCAGCUGGGAGAUUAAAGGCUAAUUUAAGCAAUGAAUUAAUUAUUAUAAGCAUUUGAUCCUAAGUGCCUCAGAGAUGAUUAUAAUCAUCAUGUAAUCACUCAUCUCUUGCUAACCUACCAUUCAGUUAGAUUUUGCUCAUAGGAUGCUAUAGUUGUUGAAAAGCAAUGUGACACUUGUGUAUCUGGAAUCUGAUAGCAAGAAAUCCUGUGGCUUCUGGACCUAUGCAUUAGGGUAUGGCAUUCAAUGGGGUAAAGUUCAGAAUCUGCCCUUUCAAAUGGUCUCGAUCGCAUUUCUCCAGCCCACAGCCCCACUGCUCCAGUUUCGGCAGUGAGUCAGGUUUUGCCUGAGCUAUGAUGAUCUCAUAGCUUUCUCCUUUACGGAUCGCAGCACUUUAUGUUGAACUUGGACAAUAGGCAACUGACAGUGGCCACAAAUCCAGAAGGAAAAUGGCAGAAACAGACCAAACAUAAAAGAAGUAUAGUGUGGAGUAUCUGAAAUAUGGAUUUAUACCACCAUUAAGCAACGUUACAACCAAUAAGUCUGUUGUGUGGAAAUUUUUUUCAAAUGAGGCAAUGAAACUGUCCAGGCUCCUUGAAUAUUUGAAGAGAAUACACUCUGAUAAAGCAAACAAGAACCUGAUUAAUUUUCAGUCACUUAGUGAAAACUUUUAGAAAUGUAAAACACUUCUAAACAUGUUUCCAAUACUUCACAACAAAACAGAGAUGGUUUGCCUACCACAAUCAACAUUCUACUUUCUCAUUGCUAAAUCUGAAAAGCACCAUACAAUUAGAGAAGAACUGAUUUUGCCAGCAGUGAGGGAGGUAUACUCUUGCCACCUAGGUGAGCUGCAUAAAGACAUGUCAGAGAGAUUUCGGGAUCUUCCCUCAGUCCUAAUUCCAGAUUGGAUAAUGAAUCCAUUCCUGAACACUUGCAAUGAGGAAUUAACAGGAAGGAUGGAGGAAGAACUGAUCUUGCUAGAAAAUGACUUUGAGCUGAAGCCAAGGUUCAGAACAUCACACUAAGUCUUUUGGUUGUAGAAAGAAAUUUCUGAACAUUACCCUGCAAUGUGGAAAAAGAUCAAAAUGUUCUUUAUUGCCUUUCCAACAUAAUAUUCAAUGCAGUCACCCAACUUCCUUCAAAGCAAAAAAAAAGAUUGCAAAUUGCUAAAUGUGGGGAUGAGACACCUUCUGAGUGACAUUCAGCCUUCUGAGAAGCUGAUAACACUGCACCAAGUGAACAGUGAAAAUGCAAAGAAGUGGUGAAUAGUUGGUCUGAUAAUGCAUGCUCUAAAAUUCUUGAUGAAAAUUGUUUUUCCUGUAAUUAAAUAAAGUAAUAAUUUUAUCUAUA